AUGGAGUACAAGGCUCAAAGAUCGGAGUACGUGACGAGCACCGAAACCGAGUAUGACCAACCUCGAAAUGAUGCCGUUACGGGAGACGGUGUACCACCAACUAACCCUAGAGAUGUGCCAAAUGUGGAACCAGUUGGUGUUAGCUCUCACAUUGCUCUGAAUGCGGAUUUAGGCGCAGAUCCCGAAAGAAGUGUUGCUAUCGCUCAACUUCAAAGUCAGCAUAAAACUCCAAGUGUGGUUGAGCCAGAAAUCACUCGUCGUACUGAGCCGGUGCCUGAAAGUUCAAAUAGUAAUGGCUCAUGGGUUGAACCCACGAUUAUGAGGAUGCUCGAAGAACUCACCAAAAGAAUCGAAUGGGGGGAGAAAAAGAUUGAGGAUAAUGACAAAAAGGUGGAGACGUAUAACUCCCGUGUCGAUAAAAUACCGGGAGCACCCCCGGUCUUGAAAGGUUUGGAUGCCAAGAAAUUCAUACAAAAGCCAUUCCUUCCGAGUGCGGCUCCGAAGCCUAUUCCUAAAAAGUUUCGUAUGCCCAAUAUACCUAAGUACAAUGGGACGAGUGACCCUAAUGAACAUGUUACCUCGUACACUUGCGGGAUUAAAGGAAACAACUUAAAUGAUGAUGAGAUCGAGUCAGUUUUGUUGAAAACAUUUGUGGAAACGUUGUCAAAAGUAGCAAUGAUUUGGUAUCACAACUUACCGCCAAAUUCUAUCGAUUCGUUCAAUAUGUUAGCAGACUCCUUCAUAAAAGCGCACGCCAGAGCCAUAAAGGUUGCGACAAGGAAAUCAGAUAUUUCUAAGAUAAGACAGAGGAAUGAUGAGAUGCUAAGGCAGUUCGUGUCUCGAUUUCAAAUGGAGCGUAUGGGAUUACCACCUAUCUCGGAUGAUUGGACCGUGCAAGAUUUUACACAGGGGUUGAACGAGUAG